GUUGGGGGUGGAGGGUAAGCUAGAGACGGGACAGGAUGCUGCGAAACAAACUCUAAGGGGCUCCCUCCACUGAGCUGGUAGCCUCGUCCCUGGAGUCAGCUCACUACAGAGCGCUCAAGUUUCGGGGCUUUCUCUUAGACCCUCUUUAUUCGCGCGCGCCCUGGGGCUGCUGGAGGAGGGGACCCUGGAAGGAGGCGGAGUCGAGGUGGUGGUGGUGUAGGUGUGGGGAGCAAUAGAAGGAAGAGGUCCUAGGUAGGGGAGUGGAUGCGGGAAGCGCUCCAGCAGCCAGCGGCAUGGCGAGUACAGCCUCGGAGAUCAUCGCCUUCAUGGUAGCUAUCUCGGGUUGGGUCCUGGUCUCCUCCACUCUACCCACCGACUACUGGAAGGUGUCCACCAUCGAUGGCACGGUCAUCACCACCGCCACCUAUUGGGCCAACCUGUGGAAGACCUGUGUUACCGACUCCACGGGCGUUUCUAACUGCAAGGACUUCCCCUCCAUGCUGGCUCUGGACGGUUACAUCCAAGCAUGCAGAGGACUGAUGAUUGCUGCUGUCAGUCUGGGAUUUUUUGGUUCCAUAUUUGCACUGUUUGGAAUGAAGUGUACAAAAGUUGGAGGUUCAGAUAAAGCUAAAGCUAAAAUUGCUUGUCUGGCUGGAAUUGUAUUCAUACUUUCAGGACUAUGUUCUAUGACGGGCUGUUCCCUCUAUGCAAACAAAAUCACAACUGAGUUCUUUGACCCUCUUUAUGUUGAACAAAAAUAUGAAUUAGGAGCUGCUUUGUUCAUUGGAUGGGCUGGAGCUUCACUUUGCAUAAUUGGUGGUGUUAUAUUUUGUUUCUCCAUAUCCGACAACAGCAAAACACCCAGAAUGGCAUAUGCAUACAAUGGAGCCACAUCUGUCUUGUCUUCUCGGACAAAGUACCAGAGUGGAGAAGGAGAUUUUAAAAACACAAGCUCUUCAAAACAGUUUGAUAAAAAUGCUUAUGUCUAAAGAGCACUGCUACAAAUCACAAAUUGAGUUUGUCAUUAGAAUAUGAACUGUUCAUAGAAUGAUUUCCAUCAAGGUUCCACUGUAAUUAACACAAACUAUUUUUAAAAUGUGGACUGUAGCAUUUGUUGAUUUUAUGGAUGUAAAUUUUCUUAUAUAGUUAUGUACGAAUCAUUUUCUGUUGUGGUUUCUUAUAAAAAAAUAAACAGGUUUACUUACCAGGUAUCUUAAUUGAUUGAUAAAAUACCUUAAGUAUAGGUUAGCCCAUGGGUCUGGUAUUUUCAACAUGAUUCAAAAGAUGAAAGCUCUGACUUUUUGUUCAUUUUAAAUAGAAAACUGAAUGUACCUAAAAACUUGACUAUUGGAAGGCAGCAUCCAUCCCCAAACAGUAAGUGCUUAAUAAAUGUUGAAUUGAAUUGAAGCUGAUCAGAGAUCCAAAUACAUCUCCAAAACUCUUCAAAUUAAGUGAGGAGGAAGCUAGUGGCUGAGAGGCCAUUUUUAUUGUUUCUUACCACCUGUUAAAACACUGAAACGGUUAAGAAUAGUUGAGAAGAAGGAACACUGAGAUUGGAGUAGAAAUGAUCUUGGCCAAAAUCCUACUGACACUUAAGUCUUACAUCAUUUCAGGGGACUUCUCUGGUUGGGUGUAUAGAUAUAAUCCUCAGGACGAACUGCAAUAAAAGAAUAAUAAGAAUAAUAGCUAGCAUGUAAGUAGUACUUUUAAGUUUUGCAAAGUAGAUAUUAUCAUCUACCUUGAAAGGUUGUUUGGAGGAUCAAAUGAGAUAAUAUUUGUAAAGCACCUAGCACAGCGCCUGGCAUAUAGUAGGUGCUAGAUAAAUGCUUAUUGAGGCAGCUCAAUAGCACAGUGGAUAGAGCGCCAGACCUGGAGUCAGGAGGACCUGGGGUCAAAUCUGGAUUCAGACAUUGCCUAGCUGUGUGACCCUGGGCAAAUCACUGAACCCUAAUUGUUUAAGCCUUGGCCACUCAGAGUUAAUACUAAGACAGAAGGUGAGGGUUCAAAAAAAAAAGAUAAAUACUUAUUCCCUUGCCUCAUCUCAUUUUAUCCUUAUAACAACCCUGAGAGGUAGAUGCUAUUAUUAUUCCUAUUAUAUAGAUAAGGAAACUGAGGCAGAGGUCAAUUGACUUGCUUAGGAUCACAUUGUUACUAAGUGUCUGAGCCUGUGUUUGAACUUAGGUCUUUUUGAUUCCAGGUCCAGAGCUCUAUUCCCUCUACCACGUAGCUGUGAGGUCUAGUAAAGUCUCAAUGAAGGUUUUAGAUGCUAAAUUUAAAUUUGUACUCUUCUUCCCCAAAAUAUGGAUACACUGGAACUCUGCCUUGGGUCUUGUCUACAUUCCUACCUGAACUCUUUCAAGAGCUAGACUGAGAUCAUUGGAGCAAGAUGUGAAGAGGUAAGACUUCUAAAUAAGGCAAGGUGAUUGUUCAGUCAAUGGUCAUUCAGACCAUUGACUAGCCUUGGGUCCGAGUAGUGGUCAGAAAUUUGUACGGGAAGUAUCUGACUCAGUUGAUGUAUAAUAAUGAUCACAACAUGAUUACACUUCCAGGGAACAAAGGGAGAAAAUUCAUUAUAUUUCUGAGUAGGUCAAUAAAGACCUAGAAAAAUGCCUAAAAGACUCCAUUUGAAAGGAGGUUUUGUAGAAACUGAGUUAGCUUGGGCGUAGGUGAUAUAUUGCUUCAUAAAAAGAAAACUGGCUUAAAAAGCCACAAAAUAAAGGGUAGGAGUCUGGGAAAAGGAUCUAUUUGUGAACAACUACAAUAUUUUUUCUUAUGUGAUACGCAGAAGAGUACAAAGUGAAAUUUAUGAAUAUGCAGGUGAUGGUUAGCUCUCUUAAGUAUUUGGUGAAUGAAGAGAAAUAACUUAGAUAAUAAGCAUUACUAGGGGCCAACUGAGGCAAUGAUUUAAGGGGAAAUGAAUCCCAAACUCUAAAGUUAUCAGCUCUAAGCUAUCAGUUAGCCCAUGAAAAGGAUCUGAAAUUAAACUGUUCUAUCAUGGCAGGUCUAGUCUAGCAGAAGACAGAAUUAAGGAAAUUCCAUGAAGCUUGAAAGAUAAAUUCAGCAAAAUGAAGUAAUUUAAUUACAAAGUAAGUCUUCAACAUAUGGAACUCAUCUGGAAAAUCCAAAAGUUACAAGAAGAUCAGGAAAAUUUAAGAUAAAUUUAUGAUCAGUCAAUAAAGGACUUCAUGUAACUCAAUUAUGUUAUUAAUAGAAGUUGAGAACUUCUCAGGUUGAGCUUGAGGAACAAUUAUGUUCAUCCACAAAAUGUCAUUUGAUGCCACUGCAAGGGACAAAAUACAAGUCUUAAUAAACUAUGGUUGGGAUACAUUUAUGGCCAGUUACAUUUUUUGUGUACCAUAUUGAUGAAUGACUUACACUGUCCUCUAUAGCAAGAGAAGGUGAGACUCCAUAAUUUCUGCCAAAAUCAUUUGAAUUCUAACCUAAUUUUCAAAUAUACUGACUGAAAUGUUAGCAGUGAGAUUACAAAGGGAGAAAGAAAAUAUGUGUCUAGAAAAUGCAGACACACAAAUAAUAAAAAGCUGCAAAGUAGGUCCCUGAAUAACUUUAGACAGAUUAACAGUUAUAACUUCUUUAGAAACUGUUUCUCGGGAUCAUAUAAAUAUUUAAAGCUGGAAGAGAUCUUAGGCUUUUGUUUUCCAGAUUUGGAAACUGAGGUACAGAGUUGAAGGGAUUUAUCUGUGCUCACAUAUGGCAGAGCUCUUUCUAUCAUUCCUAUUGGCAAUUAAUUAUUUGCUUUAAGCAAGAAUUCCUCAUAGAAUUCUUUAAAUAGUUUCUCUAGUACAAGGAACAGCUUUUAAAAUGGUGUAACCAAAUCCCCUUAUUUCUUCCUUGCUGGGAGUGAUAGGAGAGGGGGCAAGACAAUGUUGAAUCCCAAUUUUCUUCAGUUUGGUUGGAGAGGGGCAGCAGUGGGGGGAAAGGGGGAAAUAAUAGCAUGGCAGUAGCUAAAGAUGUUGGCCAUGCUAUUAGUUGCUUAUCCCUGUUUAGAAAAUGAAAGUUUAAUUCUAGUUCUAUACUACAAAACUUUCCUGGAAAACAUCUAUCUGGCAAGUUGAGAUACACCAGUAUAAUAUGUCUACAAUGUAAAAUCAGAGGCAAUUUCUUAAGUCGGCAUGGAGAUAAUAAAACUUUAUAGAAAGACAGGAGGAUAACUUAGCAUUUAGCUCACAGUAUUUGCUUGAUAUGACAAUUGAGCGUCUCCUUUAUAAAUGAAUACUUAAAUGAAAACUUUGAAUUAGAAAAAAAUAGAUCUCUAAAGAAGUUGUUUAGAAAUAUUUGUAAUAACUCAGACCCAGCCACAAUGAUAUAAUGUAGGAUUUUACUGAGAGGUUUACAAUUAAAGAGAAAAUAAAAUCAAAACCUCAACAAAGACAGUUAGGCAAAAUGUCCCUCUUUGUUUCAAAGUACAGAAAGUAUCUUUAAAAAUGCUUUUUUUUAGUAUAUAAAAAAUGCAAAAACAAUUGAUAUGAAUUAUCUGGUCUCUGACAAUGUCAUCUUGGUAAGAAUACAACUGAAUUUGUUCAUGUAAGGUAUUUUAUAAUACAAGCUUCUUAGUAAAAUAAAAAAUAUAAAAAGUAAAAAGUAAAGAACCACAAAUAUACAUAAGAGUUUAGUAAUGACUGUCUUCUAAUAAUAUUAUUAGACAACUUAAUUUGGCCAUUUAAAAAGUUAUAUUUUACUCACAAAAUAUCCAAGGUAGAUACUAUGAUGCAGAAACAGUAUUUCAGGAUAUGCUAAAAUGAAUGUACUCAUCGUAAACAUGCUUAAAGUGUCUCAAUGCUGCAUACAUUUGACGGUUCUGGUUACAAUUCUUCAGCUGAAAGUGACUCAGGCCUAUGAACAUAUACACAUAUAGCUAUAGUUUGGUAAUUUGAGAAUUAACUGUAUGUUAAAUGUUUUAAGUAUGAAUUAUUUUUGUCAUUUGGUUUAAAAAUAAUACAAACAGAAUUGUGACAUUUAAUUAUGUAAGAAUUUAAAUUACAAUAUGAAAAUGUUAUUACUUUCAACAACGAAAACAAUCCUAUGGGGGUAAAGGGUGUUGAAAAAAUAGAAAUUAUUUGAAAAAAUACACUAAUACUCAAGUGACAUUCUGAAGAAAAAAUGUUUUAUGCAUUGACAAGUUUUGUUUUUUUUUUAAGCAGCAAAUGUAUUUUUUUUAACACUUUUAUGCUUCAAAAUACUGUUGGCUUAUUGAAGUUCGUUUUUCAAUAAAUACUUAGAUGCCAUUAAAUAUA